AUGGCAGCAACUUGGGGCCAUCUCGAUUCUCGGGAGAUUGUUCUCUCCCUUCUACUUUCCCUCCAUCUUCCUUGCCAGGAAAAUUUCUCGAAUAAUUUGGGGGGCUUGUUGGAACUGAUUGAGGACCUUCUAAAUCAUACAAGUUUUUCCAGUCUGCAUUUUCGCCAUCUCCAGUUUCCUAAACAACCCAUGAGAGACGAGAGUGGGGAAUUGAACCUGAGACUUGACAGCCUGAUGGUGAAGCAGGAUUCUCCUCUGAAGCUCAUCAACAAACGGAAUCACCGAAGGAUCUCUAGAAUUGAGCAAGAGAACCUCCUGCGCCGUGAUAAUCGCCUUUAUGUGCUCCAGAUUGAUAACAAUGGCCCGCUCGCGGCCGAGCACGGUGGACGGCGGGUCGAGUAUGCGGAGAUCUCGGGCCGGGAGCCCCGUCCGCCUCAUGAUUGCGUGUUUUCCGACCUCCACGACCUGCGCCUGGCCCGUCGAGUCCAGCUGCAGCCAAGCCCUAACACCCACCGCCUUCUUCCGGAGCCCCCCGCCGCCGCCGAUCCCGACGCCCACUCCUCCGGCGCCGGGACGGAUGAAGGGCUCUCCGGCGACGUCGUCCUCCGGGUGCGGCGGCGCGGCGGCGGCCGGUUUCGGCGGUUAUGUGUUUUCAAGUUCAAAUAUUUGCAAUAA